UAGAGGAGCAUAAGAGGGGGUAGCUACAUAUGUAUAUCCAGAGACCCAAUUUGAGAAAUCUUCACAGGUGUGGCUGGAUUGUUGUUUCUAGUGGUGAUAUGAACCCUGGAGUUGUUGGUAGAAGAGAUGCCCAGGGAGUUUCUACAACAAUCCAGGCACGGUUAUUUACUAGAGUUAAUAGAGAGUGCCAGCAAGAGCGAGUGAGAGUGAGAUUGCGUGGGUUCAGUAAGAUGGAGGUCGGUGGGUCUGAUUCUGAUGGCCGAGAAUUCAAGAAUGCAGAGGACAUGUGGAGGGAAGAGGUAGGAGACCUCCAUAAGAAGUCUGAAUGGUACAGUAAAGGCGUUGGUUAUUGGGAAAGUGUGGAGGCAUCUGUGGAUGGUGUGUUAGGUGGAUAUGGGCAUGUCAACGAGCCAGAUAUCAAAUCUAGUGAGGCAUUUCUCAAUACCCUUUUGUCUGAUCGAUUCCCAGAUGGUGGAAGAAACCGGCAUCUUGUUGCGCUAGAUUGUGGCGCUGGCAUUGGGAGGGUCACCAAGAAUCUACUGAUAAGAUACUUUAAUGAGGUCGAUCUUCUUGAGCCUGUAUCACAUUUCCUGGAGGCUGCCCGUGAGAAUUUGUCUCUUGAAAACCUCACGGUUUUAGACUCCCACAAGGCCUCCAAUUUUUACUGUGUCCCUCUUCAGGAAUUCACUCCAGAGGCUGGAAGGUAUGAUGUUAUAUGGGUUCAAUGGUGUAUUGGGCAUCUUGCAGAUGAUGAUUUUGUAUCAUUCUUUAAGAGAGCAAAG